AUGUCUUCACGACAUAGCAAAAAGAAUCGUCGCGACGAAACGCCGCUUGUAAAACUAUCAAAAUCCCUAUCAUAUGUCCUUCGUCACCAUGCUAAAGACGAAGGUCUAGAUAUUCGUGAGGACGGAUACGUCAAAUUAGAUGAUUUGUUAAGAUUACCGAGAUUCAAAAAAACGACGUUUGAAGAAAUUAAAUUCGUUGUUGAUAAUAGUGAUAAGAAGCGGUUUGCUCUGACGCAAGAAACAUCAGAUGAUGGUGUUUCUUCAUGGUGGAUACGAGCAAAUCAAGGGCAUAGUAUUGAGGUGAAACAAUUAGAACUCAAAGAAAUCACGGAUUCUUUGCAAUUUCCUGAAGUAAUACAUGGAACAUAUUUACGCUAUUGGAAAAAUAUAGGUUUAUUUAUUGUUAGAGAA